AGAAGACACGUGUUCAGUUCAGGUAAUUGUGCCAUUUUAUCACUGUAUGAGGGUUUUGAUUAGAAUUGGUCGAUAUCAGCUAAGACGAAAUUGCAUGAAGACUUGAGGGGUCAGUUACUUAAACAAAGUGAGUGGCUUAGAUAACAGUAGAAAAAAUAAGUGUAUUCUAGAAACCUAUUUAUAAGUGGUUUGUUUUGAGUUGAGGGCUGUAACUGCGUCAAGCCUAGUUGGCCGGACAAAGACCCAAUUAAUUAUUCUUUGCCUACAAACAGACAGCAUUUUACUUGACUCCAAUGAUGAUGAAGAAAUGGUUGCUCCCCUCAAUACGGGACAACUAAUUUAUUGUAUUGAAUUAAUAACAGCGCACCAGAAAACAUUUACUGAGCUUACAUCACUAAUCAUUCUAGGCAAAGUUGAAAAUAAUUAAGGCGCCAAUUUAUGUUAAAACACCGUUUAAUCUCUGGGUUUUUUUAAGCGGCCCAAACAGAUGUUUUUUUGCCAGUAGUCAGUCCCUCUGUUAUAAAAUUUUGUUAUUUACUUUUCUAAAGUGGAGGCAGUUUCCGCUUCAGUGAGAGAGACAGUAAAAGUACGCAGACUGUCGCUACCAACUCCACAGGCAAAGUUUCUAAAGAAACAAUUUUAUCAGUUAUGAUCAAUUUUCUUUUUCAGUUUAUUUGAAUACAGAAAUUGAAUUGGAUUUUACUCCUAGCAAUUGGCAUUUCUUUUCCCCGGUAAGUAAGGACUACUUGUGGUGAGUAAGUUAUGACGCAAACAAACAACUUAAGUGGUUAUAGAAACAAAGGCGGAAAAAGUUCAGUUCGCGUAAGCUCUACUGACUAAAGCCUAAAAUUUCUACUAGCAGGUUUCGAUAUAUUUAGCUAUAUCUACCCUCUCAAAGGGAAAUAAUUUUAGGAUUAUCAACUGAACACAUUGCUAGAUUCAAAACAUUCCCGAAAUGAUGAAAGUGGCGUAGCCUUCCUAUGUCAGAAUCAAUUGAUAUGGUUGACUGAUUGAUUAGAACUUUUAUAGGAACUCCAUCGUCAAAACUUGUUAACAGAAAUAACAGUAAAAGCGGAAAGUAAUCAGAGAUUUUUUACUUCAUCGAUUUAAAUCACGCAUGUUUUGAAUUUUAGCAUUCUGCAAAAUUUUUUUCUCUCGACGAAAAACUGCUAAUCUUGCCGGCGUUACGCAUUUAUUAAAGGGCAAAUAAAGGUGCCAACACACAAUGACAGUCAAAAUAUUUACAAAAAAAUGUCCGACAAAAAUCAGCCUCUUCCUCAAAUGAUCAUAUAUAAAAGGCUACCUUCUCCGAACAGCUUAUAAAAAAAGCCAGCUUAAACAGAGAACUUUUUCUUCCUUCUCUACACGAUUGCACAUUGGUAGAUUCAAAGCAGCCCCGUAUAAAUCAUCAAAGUGAUCGUUAGCUAAAGUGUCCGUGAGUUCGGUUUCAAGAAUUGAUAUUGGUGCAUUUUUCCGCUUCAUGAUGAAACAGUAAAACUUCCCUAGCAACUCAAAAAAGGAAAAAUUUAUAAACAAAUGGCCACAGUCGUAACAAUAAGUAUUCAAAGUCAUUUUGUUUUUCAUAUGGGAGCAGCUCAGAUUUGCUCAGCACUGAGCCACAUUAGACACACUUGAGAGUGGAAAGAGAGAACCAUGGUCGCCACUUUUGAAAUAAUUUGAGCGAAGCAAUAUAAGAGCAUCAGGUUUUCACGGAAAUAUUAGCAAAGGAAAGACCUCAGAAAGGUCAUGUUACCGUAGGAUUAUCAACUGACCAAAUUCAGUACCAAAAUCAUCAAAGUGGUCUUUAAUUAAUUGAAAUCAGGUCUUAAAUUCUUGUGUUCUGUUUUAAAAUUAACUAAUAUUGUUUGACGUACAUGUUAGAAGGUUCCUAGUAACUCCAUCGGCAAAGCUUGUUAACAAAAGCAACAGUAAAAGUAGAAAGUAAUCAGAGAUUUUAUUAACAUUUAUUGAUUUCAAUCAGGCUGAUGUCGUGAAUUUAGCAUUCUCUGUACAGUCAAAGCACUUUAAAUAUGGACACUGAGAAGGUCAUAGAAAGUGUCCAUAUAAGGGCUUUCCUUUCCCAAGGGAUUAAGCAGACUGUUCGUAAUAAUGAGGUGUCAGUACUAAGCGGGUGUCCGUAAAGCAAGGUUUAACUGUAUAUGUGAAAGUGCUAAUCUUUCUUUCGUUACGCAUUUAUUAAAGAGAAAAAAGGAAGGUGCAAACACAAAACGACAGUCAAAAAAGUUUAAAAAACUGUCCUAAGAAAAUCAGCCGUCAUAAAAGGCUUAACCUCUCCAUUCGUCUGCGCACAACUCAAAAAGGACAGCUUAAACAGAGACCUUUGUCUCUCUUUUUUACAUGAUGGCAUAUCAUUAUUGAUAGAUAAAACAGCCCUGUAAUCAUCAAAGCGAUUCGCGUUAACUCAAGCGCGUGCGUUCUGCUUCCAAGUGAAUUGAUAUUAGUGGCCAGUUUCCGCUUCAAUCAGGAAUCAGUAAGACUU